ACACAGUAUCGGACGCAUCGUUCAGCCAUGGCCGCGACACUGUCGAAAUUGAAGCUCUCACUGUUGCUGAGCCUCCUCCUCACAUCAGUGUCAAGCUUGGCGAAGGUUCCUCUGACAUGCAAGCGCAUCGAGUGCCCUUCAUACGAGGUGAUUCAUCAGGGCAACGGCUUUGAAAUUCGCCGCUAUAAUUCCACCGCCUGGGCCUCUACCUCCCCCAUUCAGGACAUUUCUCUUGUUCAAGCCACCAGAACUGGAUUCCGAAGAUUAUUUGAUUAUAUUCAAGGCAAGAACAACUACAAGCAAAAAAUUGAGAUGACUGCACCUGUGAUCACUGAAGUAUCACCUAUUGAUGGACCCUUCUGCGAGUCCUCAUUUGUGGUAAGCUUCUUUGUGCCAAAGAAGAACCAAGCAAAUCCUCCUACAGCAAAGGAUCUCCAUGUCCAAAGAUGGAAGCCUUUGUAUGCAGCAGUAAGGCAGUUCGGUGGGUUUGUGAGGGAUUCUACUGUUGGGGAGGAAGCUGCUGCAUUGAAGGCCAGUAUUGCUGGCACUAAGUGGUCUUCUGCCAUUGAAGAGAGUCACAGAGCUGGACAUGCUUCUGUUUAUACUGUUGCUCAGUAUAAUGACCCUCUAGAGUAUGAUAACAGGGUAAAUGAGAUAUGGUUCUUGUUUGAUUUGGAGAAUGGAAGGCAAUCUAGCUGAAGCUGAUUUGGGAGAAAGCAAAGAUCAAUUUGUUGUUUCUAGAUAUUGCAUGUUAAAUUUCAAUGAGCAGGCUAUGAAUAGG